GAAGGAAGAAACAGAAGCUUGCCAAAGAGAGAGCAGGGCUUUCCAAGUUGCCUGAUCUGAAAGAUGCUGAAGCAGUUCAGAAGUUUUUCCUUGAGGAGAUUCAGCUUGGCGAGGAACUACUAGCUCAAGGUGAAUAUGAGAAAGGUGUUGAUCACUUGACCAAUGCCAUUGCUGUGUGUGGACAGCCGCAGCAGCUACUACAAGUUCUACAGCAGACUCUUCCACCACCGGUGUUUCAAAUGCUUCUAACUAAGCUCCCUACAAUAAGCCAGAGAAUUGUAAGUGCACAGUGCUUGGCUGAAGAUGAUGUUGAAUGAGGUCACACCACAACAGGGAGGAAAAAUGUUUUCUUACCCCAGAAGAUGAGCAUCAGUAGGGGGACAAAGGGGCAAACAUAGUAGUUAAUGAACUGUGUACCACAUCGGGUUCUACCAGAGUUAAAAUUAACUUUGUGUAGGUGGGUUUCACAGGAUUUUAUUUAUUAUCCCAGUGAAAAGUGUAUUUUGAUAAGAAUUCAUUUUAUAAAUACACUGUGUGGAGUUAUCAAAGUAUCACUAACUUCAUUAUUAUUCAAAUAUGCAGUUGUAAUGUUGUACAUAUAAAGACAUAAAACUACAACCUAUUAAAAACCCAAUGCUCAUUUUUGAAAAAACGAAGUUAUGGCAAUAAAGAUUUAUCUGCACUUGUGUGUCCCUAUAGUACUACUUUAAAUUCCAGAAACAUUUGGAUGUCAGAGAAAGUGAUCAAAGAAUGACUUAGCAUUAAAAAUAAAUUUUAAUGUUA